GAUCCGAAAACUAGCGGAUCACUUGGACCUCGAAUCCUUCCGGCUACUCAAAGUUCUCACCGUGUUAAGUAUACCAGAUCAUCCCCGUGGGACAAUCUUCUCCGCCUUAGGACAAUGUCUUCUAGUCACCUAAGGCAUGUCGAGUCCAUGUCUCUGCUACCGUCAGGCGCCGGUAAGAUCUCUCAGUUAAACGCUGUCGUCUUGGGGGAAUCCCUUGCAUCCGAGGAGAAUGAUCUCAUCUUUCCCAGCAAGGAUUUCUCCAGCCAGGCUCUUGUUUCCUCCCCUCAACAGUACAUGGAAAUGCAUAAAAGGUCGAUGGACGACCCUGCCGGGUUUUGGUCUGACAUUGCGUCUGAGUUUUACUGGAAGAAGAAAUGGGGUGACGAAGUGUUUUCCGAAAAUCUUGAUGUCAGGAAGGGUCCUAUUCACAUUGAGUGGUUCAAAGGGGGAAUCACCAACAUUUGCUACAACUGUUUGGACAAAAACGUUGAAGCUGGUUUGGGUGAUAAAACAGCUAUAUACUGGGAAGGGAAUGAACCUGGUGUAGGUGCUUCCUUAACUUAUUCUGAGUCGCUUCAACAAGUUUGCCAGCUUGCUAAUUACUUGAAAGAUAUUGGAGUGAAAAAGGGUGAUGCUGUUGUAAUUUAUCUACCAAUGUUGAUGGAACUUCCCAUCGCUAUGCUUGCAUGUGCACGGAUCGGAGCUGUUCAUUCGGUUGUUUUUGCUGGAUAUUCAGCUGACUCUCUUGCCCAAAGAAUCAUUGAUUGCAAGCCAAAAGUAAUACUGACUUGUAAUGCUGUUAAAAGAGGCCCUAAGACCAUAAACCUUAAAGCUAUUGUUGAUGCUGCACUUGACCAAUCCUCUAAAGAUGGAGUCUCUGUAGACGUAUGCUUGACCUAUGACAACUCAUCAGCGACAACAAGGGAAAAUACUAAGUGGAAGAAUGAAAGAGAUGUGUGGUGGCAGGAUGUCAUUCCUAAAUAUCCAACAUCGUGCGAAGUGGAAUGGGUUGAUGCGGAAGAUCCCUUGUUUCUGCUCUACACCAGUGGAAGUACCGGGAAGCCAAAGUUUUCUUUCUUUAAUGUGGGUACUUUGAAGGGUGUCCUACACACAACUGGAGGAUAUAUGGCUCCAAACUACCCUGACUCUGGACGCUGUUGGGAGAUUGUUGACAAAUACAAGAUUUCAAUAUUCUACACUGCUCCAACAUUGGUGAGGUCUCUCAUGCGCGAUGACGAUAAGUAUGUAACAAGUCAUUCUCGGAAAUCGCUACGAGUCCUUGGAAGUGUGGGCGAGCCCAUUAAUCCGAGUGCCUGGAGAUGGUUCUACAAUCUAGUCGGUGAUUCAAGGUGUCCCAUUUCAGAUACAUGGUGGCAAACUGAAACUGGUGGCUUCAUGAUAACUCCAUUGCCAGGCGCUUGGCCGCAGAAGCCUGGUUCAGCUACUUUCCCUUUCUUUGGUGUUCAGCCUGUCAUAGUUGAUGAAAAAGGCAAUGAGAUCGAAGGCGAGUGUAGUGGAUAUCUUUGUGUAAAAGGAUCAUGGCCCGGGGCGUUUCGAACUCUGUAUGGGGAUCAUGAAAGAUACGAAACCACAUACUUUAAACCUUUUGCUGGAUAUUACUUCAGUGGUGAUGGUUGCAGCAGAGACAAAGAUGGUUACUUCUGGCUUACAGGGAGGGUUGAUGAUGUUAUUAACGUCAGUGGCCAUCGUAUCGGAACUGCUGAAGUAGAAUCUGCUCUGGCUUCACAUCCCCAAUGUGCAGAGGCAGCUGUUGUAGGCGUAGAACAUGAGGUAAAAGGUCAAGGAAUCUAUGCGUUUGUCACACUGGUGGAAGGUGUUCCUUACAGUGAAGAACUUCGGAAAAGCCUUGUACUCAUGGUCCGAAAUCAGAUCGGAGCAUUCGCAGCACCGGACAGAAUACAUUGGGCACCGGGACUACCAAAGACGAGAAGCGGAAAGAUAAUGAGGAGAAUACUGAGAAAGAUUGCUUCAAGGCAACUAGAAGAGCUUGGUGAUAUAAGCACACUCGCUGAUCCUAGUGUCGUUGAUCAGCUUAUUUCACUUGCCGAUGUGUGA